AUGCUGCCCUUCGCCGCGUCAGUGAUUGCUGCACAGAUUUGGCUUCGAACGAUUUCCUUCAUCGUAUGGCUGGCUGUGGCGUGCCCGUGCUGCCGCCUGCAACGAGCAGACAAUGUGUUUGAUGCAUUUGAAAGGGAGUUGGCCAUCCCUCUUCUCCAGUGCUCGUUCUUGGCCUUUUCAUGUACGUUGGCAGGACUGGCGUUGGAGGCGGAGCUUUCCAGCAUUCAGCGCAUGUCAGUCGGAAUCGCUGCCACAUACUAUACCGUCAUGCUGCUGAUAUGGACUGCACCAGCAGUUCUUCAGGCCAAGGUAGCAGCAGAGGAAGUCUACGAUGCCAACUCUUUGCUGGGAGAAGAAGGCUCCGUGCAGCUUCUAGAGCGAGCAGGAGACGGCGAUGUUGAGCUAGAGGAUUUGCAAAGCACUUGUGAUGAACUCAAAGCACUCGUGCAACGUGAACGUCAUGAUCACGCUGUAGAGGUAGGGCAGCUUGUUGCCAAGCUUCGAGACCAAGAAGUCAUAUCGAGAAGUUGUGAGAAAAGCAAGGUACAGCUCAUCUCAGAAGUGGAGGAGUGGCGUGAGAGGCUUUGCAACUCAGUACACUCAUGA